GUCACUCCGGCCGCGCGGCGGCCGAGCCGGCUCCGCGCUCCUCUGCCCGGACGCCGGAGCCCGAGCCGAGCCUGACCCGCACCGGCCGCGCCCGCGAGCCGCAGGGUGGGAUGCGCGCCGCGAGUGCGCGUGCCCGCCCGCAGUGCGCGCGCCCCGGCCCGAACGAGCGCUCCCCGCGGCAGCGGCGGCGGCGGCGGCGGCGGCGACGCGGCCCGCGCGCUCCCCCAGCCCCUGCCCCGGCUGUGCGGGGCCUCGCCGGGCCCAGGGGCGGCGCAGCCGAGCGGGCGCGCUGAGCGCGGCACGGGUCCCCCGGGCGCCCCGGGCGCGAGCGAGAGCGAGGCACCACUCCAGCUGAGGACACCACUCUGAGUGAGAGCCACAGUCCCCGUCCAUGCAUCACUGGCAGUCCUGGCAGCCGUCUCUGGAGGUCUGGCACCAUGCCUGGACACCCCAAACUCUAGGCCAUAUCCCAGGCCAUCGGAGCAACCCCUGGCCACUUCAGGGGUCACUCCCUCCCCUCCGUCCACUGCCCCACCAUGGCCGGGGACCGGCUUCCACGCAAGGUAAUGGAUGCUAAGAAGCUGGCCAGCCUGCUGCGGGGAGGGCCCAGGGGGCCACUGGUCAUCGACAGCCGCUCCUUUGUGGAAUACAACAGCUGGCACGUGCUCAGCUCUGUCAACAUCUGCUGCUCCAAGCUGGUGAAGCGGCGGCUGCAGCAGGGCAAGGUGACCAUCGCAGAGCUUGUCCAGCCAGCUGCACGCAGCCAGGUGGAGGCCACGGAGCCACAGGACGUGGUUGUCUAUGACCAGAGCACAAGGGACGUCAGUGUGCUUGCCGCGGACAGCUUCCUUUCCAUCCUGCUCAGCAAGCUGGAUGGCUGCUUUGCCAGCGUGGCCAUCCUCACAGGCGGCUUUGCCACCUUCUCCUCCUGCUUCCCCGGCCUCUGUGAGGGCAAGCCUGCUGCUCUGCUGCCCAUGAGCCUCUCCCAGCCCUGCCUGCCCGUGCCCAGUGUGGGCCUGACCCGCAUCCUGCCUCACCUCUACCUGGGCUCUCAGAAAGAUGUCCUGAACAAGGAUCUGAUGACCCAAAACGGAAUAAGCUACGUCCUCAAUGCCAGCAACUCCUGCCCCAAGCCGGACUUCAUCUGCGAGAGCCGCUUCAUGCGCAUUCCCAUCAACGACAACUACUGUGAAAAGCUGCUGCCCUGGCUGGACAAGUCCAUUGAGUUCAUCGAUAAAGCCAAGCUGUCCAGCUGCCAAGUCAUUGUCCACUGUCUGGCUGGCAUCUCCCGGUCUGCCACCAUCGCCAUCGCUUACAUCAUGAAGACCAUGGGCAUGUCCUCGGAUGACGCCUACAGGUUCGUGAAGGACCGGCGCCCAUCCAUUUCACCCAACUUCAACUUCCUUGGCCAGCUGCUGGAGUACGAGCGCAGCCUGAAGCUGCUGGCCGCCCUGCAGGGCGAUGGGGUGCCCCACCCGGGGAUGGCCGAGCCCCUCCCAGGCCCCACAGCCCCACUGCCACCGCUGCCACCACCUACCUCAGAGAGCGCUGCCACGGGGAGCGCGGCGGCCAGGGAGGGCUCCCCGAGCGUGGGCGGGGAGCCCCCGGUGCCCUCCUCCGCGCCCGCCACCAGCGCGCUGCAACAGGGCCUGCGCGGGCUGCACCUCUCCUCCGACCGCCUCCAGGACACCAACCGCCUCAAGCGUUCCUUCUCGCUGGACAUCAAGUCGGCCUAUGCCCCCAGCCGGCGGCCUGACGAUCCCGGGCCCCCCGACCCUGGCGAGGCCCCCAAACUCUGCAAGUUGGACAGCCCGUCAGGGGGCGCACUGGGCCUGCCCUCCCCCAGCCCCGACAGCCCGGAUGCGCCGGAGACACGUCCGCGGCUCCGCCGUCGACCCAGGCCUCCAGCGGGCUCCCCGGCGCGCUCCCCCGCACACGGCCUCGCCCUGAACUUUGGGGACGCCAUCCGGCAGACUCCGCGGCACGGCCUGUCGGCCCUGUCGGCGCCCGGGCUGCCUGGCCCCAGCCAGCCGGCCGGCCCUGGGGGCUGGGCACCACCGCUGGACUCCCCGGGCACGCCGUCGCCUGACGGGCCCUGGUGCUUCAGCCCCGAGGGCGCGCAGGGCGCGGGCAGCGCGCGGUUCGCACCCUUCGGCCGGGUGGGCAUACAGGGCACGGGCGGCAGCGACCUACGGCGGCGGGAGGCGGCAAGGGCCGAGCCCCGGGACGCGCGGACCGGCUGGCCAGACGAGCCGGCCCCGGAGACACAGUUCAAGCGUCGAAGCUGCCAGAUGGAGUUCGAGGAGGGCAUGGUGGAGGGGCGCGCGCACGGCGAGGAGCUGGCUGCCUUGGGCAAGCAGGCCAGCUUCUCGGGCAGCGUGGAGGUCAUCGAGGUGUCCUGACGGCAGCCGGGAACCAACGCCCGGAGCCCUGCCUCUAGCCUUGGCUCCCACGGCGGGCAGCCAGCAGCUGGGCCCACCAUAAAUAUAUAUUAUAUAUAAUGCAAAGAAAGGUAAAUGGUUUUACUGCGAUUUUUAUCAAGAAGUAAAUAUUUCGAUUUUUUAUUUA